UGGGAUGCGGAGUGUUCUAUAUAGAGUGCGGACGGGGAGGGGGUGCGCAGUGCUUUAUAUAUAGCGGUAGCGGAUGGUGAUGAUGAGGCAGUAGCUCUGUGUCUCCUGUCGGCUCUGCUCUGUGUUCUCCUCUCUCUGCAGCAGCCAUGGCAUCUCACAUCCUGCAGAUUCUCCGCCAAGGUGUUUGGGCUGCAUUAACCGGAGGAUGGUACCACGAUCCCGAGGACAGCCAGUUCAAUAACAUCUGUCAUCUAUAUCUCUGGUUCUUCCUGCUGCUGUUACCUCUGGCCAUGCAUCUGGGCUUGCCUGCAACAAGACUCACAUUAUGCCUUUAUUGCAUAUCUACAACAAUGUUGUUUACAGUGAUUAAAUUUGUAAGUUUUCGGCUACAUCUAAUGUUUGACAACGGAACGGUGGUCCAUCAUAAAAAACACAGCAAAAAAGCCAAAAAGGCCAAAGAUGUUGGCAACAGCAAUAUUUCAAGCAACCACACAGAUCCUAGCAAGAAUGUAGAGUUGGAUAUUGACGAAGUUACACAGAGCCAUCAGGAAAGCAACACUGCAACUUCCCCAGACUCACUGGUCAUAGAAGCAGUGAACCACAAUGAAGGCCUCAAAGACCUUAUUAAAGACCAUUUUCCAGAAAAAGCAAGGCUAUCUGAGAAUUUAGAUGAGAAAAACAAGCCAGCAGGGGAAAAUGGUCAUUUGUGGCAGGAGCAACCAUGUUGCCAGGUCACCGAAAAUGGUAAAGCCAUAUAUAAAGUAAUUCAUACUUCACAACAAGAUACCUCUGUUUUGCAAGUUAUAUGUGGAUUGGAAGCUUCAUUGCAAGAUGACGCACAUAUUCAUAUACAGAACAGUGAACACAGGAGAUCAUGUUGCCAGAAAGGUGGACACCAGUUUGAAAUUCAGUGUGAAUCAGUAAAUCUUAGUGUGGUCUCCAUAAUACAGGAUACGGGGUCUAAGUCAGAAACAGAAACAGUGUCAGAAAGCCAGGGACUGUUUUCUGAUGAUCCUGAUGAAGAGUCACUGCAAAAACAAGUUUCAUUAAAGCCUGCGAAACAAGCUGUGAGCAGAACAGAGACAUUGAGUCAUGAAGCUGAAAAUUCUUCAUAUGUCUCAUCAGAAUAUAAAUUUCCAAAGAAGCAAUUCUAUAAAUUCAGUAUUUUCCCAGGCAAAUGGAUUAAAAUUUGGUGUGACAGGCUUACAUUUUUGGCAUUGUUUGACAAAACUGAAAAUAUUGGGGAAAACAUCAUAGCAAUAUUGCUGGCCAUCUGUGUUUCAUUUUUUGGAUUUUUACUUCUGCACCAAGGCCUCUUCAAAGACAUUUGGAUAUUCCAGUUUUGUGUUGUUAUUUCAAGCUGUCAGUUUUGCCUUCUUAAGAGUGUACAGCCGGAUCCUGCGUCACCAGUUCAUGGUUAUAACCAGAUCAUUACAUAUAGCAGACCAGUUUAUUUUUGUAUUUUAUGCAGUGUUAUCUUGCUGCUAAAUGCUGGUUCUGAAGCAAAAGACUUACAUUUACACACACUGUAUGGAUUCCACUUUUUGUCCCCAGAAUGUUUUCAGAGUGUCAGAGAUCAAAUUAUUGUGCUUGUGAGUUUGUUUCCUCUUAUUUCCCUUCUGGGACUCUUUCCUCAAGUAAAUACAUUUUGUGUAUAUUUCCUGGAGCAAAUAGAUAUUCUUGUGUUUGGGGGCUCUGCCAAAGAUGGGUUUUUGUCAGCGCUAUACAGUUUAUUUCGCAGCACUGUUAUUGCUGCUCUUUUAUUCAUUGUUUGUCACCAAUCCAUAAAGGAGCCCUGGGACAUUAGACACAUACCACCCCCCUUUUCUAUUUUUUGUGGUCUUUUGAUUUCGCUUUCUUAUCACUUGAGCCGACAAAGUAGUGAUCCAUUUAUUCUAAUAUCUCUGGUUAAAUGUAACAUUUUUCGCAGACUGUUUUGUGAAAAUAUGAAAAGUAUUCCAACACAGCAAGAAGAUCCUUUACCGCAGAAGAUAAAGCACUUAGUGAAAGAAAUUUUAAUUUCCGAUCUUAUUGUCUGCACGGUGAUUGCUAUUUUGACAUUUGCAGUUAGUGCCAGCACAGUGUUUUUGUCUCUAAGACCAUUUCUUAGUAUUGUGUUACUUGUAUUAACACUAAUAGUGGGAGUCCUGGCACACUAUGUAAUUCCUCAGCUUCGAAAACAUCAUCCUUGGCUAUGGAUUUCUCAGCCAGUUCUACAGAACAGAGAAUAUAAACAGAGAGAAGUUCUUGGUGCAGCACAACUGAUGUGGUUUGAAAAAUGUUAUGUGUGGCUUGUUUGCCUUGAGAAAUAUGUCUUGUAUCCAUCAAUCAUUUUGAGUGCUGCAACUAUUGAGGCUUUCUCAGUCAGCAAAUAUUCAAGAUUUGGAAAAAAAUUGGAUUCUUUGUUAAUAUCUAUUGCUGGAUUAAAACUGCUGAGAUCUUGUUUCUGCAGUCCUAUUCACCAGUAUCUGGUUUUUGGAUUCACAGUCCUAUUUUUUCUCUUUGACUAUCACAUUAUAUCAGAGAGCUUUUUACUGGAUUUUUAUUUUAUUACAAUCUUGUUCUACAAGUUUCUUGAACUACUAAAUAAGAUGAAUUAUGUUCUGGCGUACAUUGCACCAUGGCAAAUUGCUUGGGGAUCUUCAUUCCAUGUAUUUGCUCAACUUUUUGCCAUACCCCAUUCUGCUAUGCUUUUCAUUCAAACAGUUGCUACUUCAGUUUUGUCAAUGCCACUUAGUCCUUUUCUUGGCAGUGUCAUUUUUGUGGCAUCAUAUGCAAGACCAAUUAAAUUCUGGGAGAAAAAAAACAGCACUGUGCGACUUGACAAUUUAAAUACAAGACUACAACAGCAAAUUGAAAAAGAUCCAGGAAAUGAUGACAACAAUUUAAAUUCCAUUUUUUAUGAGCACCUUUCAAGGUCCCUUCAACAUUCUUUGUGCGGAGACUUGAUGUUGGGGCGAUGGGGGAAUUAUUCCGCGGGUGACUGCUUUAUUUUAGUGUCUGAUUAUUUAAAUGCACUAGUACACUUGGUCGAAAUUGGAAAUGGUUUCAUUACUUUCCAGCUUCGUGGGCUUGAGUUUAAAGGAACAUACUGCCAUCAGCGUGAAGUGGAAGCAAUAACUGAAGGUUAUGACGUCAAUCAAGGAUGUUGCUGCUUUCAGCCUGGACAUUUACCACAUAUACUUUCAUGUAAUUCAGCAUUCAACCUAAGAUGGCUGACAUGGGAAGUAGUUAGGGGCCAAUACAUACUGGAAGGAUACAAUGUAAUUUACAGUAAUGCAUCAAGUCUGUUUCAAGUAUUUGAUCUCCGAAAAAUUCUCAUCAGAUAUUAUGUAAAGAGCAUAAUAUACUUUGCAACAUGUUCACCAAAGCUUCUUCAUUGGCUAAGUGAUCAAUCAAUGCAAAAGGCUUUACAAUCUUUCACAAAGUGGGACCAUGUGGAAAAUGAUCAUACAAUGUUCAAUAUUAACAUAGAUGAAGACUACAUUCCAUGCCUGCAAGGAAUUACAAGAGCCAGCUUCUGCAGUGUUUAUCUGGACUGGAUUCAGUACUGUGCUAAAAAAAAUUCAAAGAAAGUAGACUGUGAUGAAGACUCAUUUCUGGUAACAAUUUCCUUUGGAUUGUGUAUUCUGGGUAGAAGACUUUUGGCGGCAGCAACACAUCACUUGUCUUUCAGCUUGGAUUCAUUUCUCCAUGGCCUACAUACCUUAUUUAAAGGACAUUAUCGAAUAUCUAAGGAGGAAGAAUGGGUAUUUGCGGAUAUGGACUUGUUACACACUGUUAUUUCUCCAGCAAUUCGGAUGUCUUUGAAGCUCCACCAAAGUCAAUUUGCUUGUCCUGAAGAAUAUGAAGAUCAUCCUGCACUUUUUGAUGCAAUUAAGGUAUUUGAAGAAAAGGUUGUUAUUUGUGAUGAAAAAGAUCCUGCUUGGAGAGCUGCAGUACUUUCUAACAAAGAAGAGCUUCUGACACUGAGGCAUGUUGUUGAUGAAGGGAAUGAUGACUACAGCGUGAUUAUGCUUCAAAAAAGCUACCUCAGCUUUAAAGUUAUAAAGGUCAAUAAGGAAUGUGUUCGAGGGCUUUGGGCUGGACAACAACAGGAACUAAUUUUCCUUAGGAACCGUGACCAUGAACGGGGCAGCAUUCAAAAUAACAAGCACGUGUUAAGAAAUCUAAUCAACUCAUCCUGUGAUCAGCCUCUGGGUUACCCUAUAUAUGUUUCCCCAAUAACUAUUUCUUACCUAGGAAUGCAUGAGCAACUCAAUACUUUAUUGGCUGGACCAGUUGACGUUGGCCAUAUUACAACAUUGUUUCAAACAAAAUGGCGUGUCAUGAGGAAAGAGAACAACAGAAGUAAUGAUAAUGUCGGAAAUGCCGAAGAGUCUGACUGUGAUAGAAGUUUAUCCUCAGCAACCAGCUCUUCAGAAAGCAAUGCAAGAAACUCCCAGAAUGUGUGUAAUGAAAAUCAAGAGGUUAAAUGCAUGGACAUAAAAAGUUUGCAACCAAUAGGUAAAAGAAAAUUGAAGAGUAAAUCAGCACACACCCAUUCUUCUUUAAACCACAUUUCUGCACAUUCCGGGGCAAACAAGGAAAAACGCCAUGUGUGUUGUGCUGCAACAGAUGAUUACAAACUUACCAAAAGACUAUCUUCAAGUCAACACUGUGUACCAGAUUGCACUCCAUCUCCCUUUUCUCGUGCGAAUAAAAAUAUAAAUGAACAAACCCAAGAGCUGCAACAGUCCGGUUACACAUCAUCCACAAAUUCGACAUUAAGCCUUUUGUUUGGAAAGAAAGGCUUUUCUAGUGCUCUUGUUUUGUCAGGUCUGUCAGCUGCUGAUGGAGACAAUACAGCUGAUACUCUGUCCUCUGGAAGUGUAAACCUUGUAGUAUGUCCACUUUCUAAAACUCAAAAUCAAAUGGAGAGAUUUUAUGAAACAUUUGAAACUGCUGAGAUUGCUGAGGGAAGUCAAAUGUCUGAACAAGAACAUCAAGGUGGAGCUGCCAACACUCCUUCUCUGGAAACAUCCACCGUCAGCCACUAAAAAGAGUUUGUCAUUCUUUAAUAAAAUCAAAUCUUCACAGGUGUAUGUAGCUGUAACCUUAAAUGAUGUCACUUUCAAAUGAAAAAUUAUUCAGGGACAUAUUGUAUGCAAAGUUAAACAGCUAAAAUGUCAUGCAUGUUCAUUGAUAUUUUUAAUCACACCUGCUUGCACAUGCUUUAUUAUAUUUAUGUAUUUAUUUAGGUAAUUAUUUUCCAUUUUAUUUAUUUUUCAUUUAUUGAAACAUUUACAUGACAAAUGUUGCAUCAGUAAUGCUAACCUAUGGUGGUAUAGCACUAAAACAAAUGAAAAAUAAAAUUAUUAUAUUCUCA